AUGGAUCAAUACGUAAGAGAUUUUGAUUUGCCCACUGUCGAUACAUAUACUGUAAAAAACUUUAGUGACUGUGAUGAUAUCUUACGGGCAAACCAAUUUAACAACAACUUUACUCUAGUUCAUAAUAAUAUUAGAAGCAUAUCCAAAAACUUAGAUGAACUUAAGCUACAUUUAACUGAUAUUACUACAAGUUUUGAUGUUGCUUGGAUGCAUUUUGAGCAAUCAGCAAUCUUGGCAGUACACAACCACGUCAUAACAAGAAAUCCUCGAAUAAGCGUAACUCACGAUAAACACCGAACUUGGUUCCUACAUAUUAACAAAGUCCAAGAGGAAGAUAAAGGUCGUUAUAUGUGUCAAAUUAAUACCGUCACCGCUAAAACACAAUUUGGAUUCCUCCAUGUCGUUGUGCCUCCAAAUAUAGACGACUCCUUGAGCAGCAGCGAUGCGAUCGUGAGAGAGGGCUCAAAUGAAACGUUAACUUGUAAAGCUACCGGAUUUCCUACACCUAACGUUAAAUGGAAGAGGGACGAUAAUACCAAAAUUACCAUAAAUAAGACCCUUCAAGUUUCUGAAUGGGAAGGAGAAACUCUAGAACUUACAAAAAUUUCAAGACUGGAUAUGGGAGCUUAUUUGUGUAUUGCUAGUAAUGGUGUUCCUCCGACAAUCAGCAAAAGGAUCAAAGUUAGUGUAAAUUAACCAACUAAACUCAAUAAUAGUUCAACAGGUGGCAAUCAACAUAGAAUAACUACCAAACUACAUAUAGAGGCUGAAUCUAUAACAUAUUUACGUGACAAAUCGAGUGAUACUGAAUCAGAACCAUUUGGAGUAGAAAGUGAUGAUAAUUACAUUGCAAGUGAAGAUAGAAGUAGCGAGGAUGAAGUAUUAGUGAAAAUAACCAAGAUGGAAAAAAGCUAA